GCGCAGUGAGAGAAGGAGCGAGUGGAGCAACAGCGAGAGCGAAACACUCAGCCUGUGAGAAAUCAUCAUGACGCUUUAUUGUUUACAUCUGUUUCUUCAAUGGACAUUUUACAAAUCAUCUUCGUGACAACAGCUGACAUUUAGCCUCUCACAGACGGCUCUUUAGAUGGCAUUUCUCAGUGCUUGUUCUGUGACUUACGGUAGGUUUCUGUGAAUUGGACGUUGUUUGGGACCUUCGAUUAUGGACAAAUGAAAGGGGAACUUCAUGCAGAAAGCAUUUUUGCUGUCAUUGGUGAUAUUUUGCUAAUUUACAUGAUUUAAAACUCAUUACUUAAGGAUUAUUAUGCAUAAGUUGUGUUUUGGCACAGUGGUGAACUGGAGACGAAUUGUCAGUUCACUGGGAUAUAUCUGACAUUACAGUAUUGAAAUUUUAAAAUCCACUUGCUUAGUGUACAUUUCUGUUUGCAAGUUGACUUUUUUUUUUAAAUCUUUCACCGAACAUUGAAAUAUGGCUUUACCUGACAACGCUAGUGGCCUUCCUGCAGAGGACCUGGCCUUUCCAGAAAUUAUUGAACUAAACGUCGGGGGUCAGGUGUACAUCACCCGUUACUCAACUUUAACAAGUGUGCCAGACUCCCUCCUGUGGGAGAUGUUCAGCCAGAAAAGCACCAAGAGCUUGGCGCGCGACACCAAGGGUCGUUUUUUCGUCGACAGAGACGGCUUCCUGUUCCGUUACAUUCUGGACUAUAUGCGAGACCAGCAGCUCGUCCUCCCGGACCAUUUCCCGGAGCGAGGACGGCUGCAGCGAGAGGCAGAGUUCUUCAACCUCCCUGAACUUGUUAAGCUGCUGGCACCAAAGAUCAGCAAGCAGAACUCUCUGGGCGACGAGGGCUGCCAGAGCGACCCCGAGGAGUCCUCGCCCAGCGCCGACCUCGCCCGCAGCCUGGGGGCGGCCGCCUGUUCCAGCCUGGUGUCGGGCGCGGGCGACGGCAAGUGCUCCGGGUUCAUCACCAUCGGCUACCGUGGCUCGUACACCCUCGGCCGUGACAGUCAAACAGACGCCAAGUUUCGGCGAGUGGCACGGAUUAUGGUGUGUGGGAAGACUGCUCUCGCCAAGGAAGUUUUCGGGGAAACGUUGAACGAAAGCCGUGACCCCGAUCGACCGCCGGAGCGCUACACGUCGCGCUAUUACCUAAAGUUUACUUUCUUGGAGCAGGCUUUUGACAGGUUAGCCGACGCCGGCUUCCACAUGGUGGCCUGCAACUCCACAGGGACUUGCGCCUUCGCCCACGAGCAGACUGAUGACAAAAUCUGGGCCAGCUACACCGAAUAUGUAUUCUACCGUGAGUGAUCUUAAACCUGCGCCUCCCCCCUGCCUCCCAGACCAGAGAUCACCUGCAAUAGAUGUAGAAGCUUCUAGAUCACCAUUCCCAUUACCUUCACCAGACUUUCCCGCAUCAAAGCCUCUUACCCGCUGCGCUCGAGUAACCUUUCUUCCCUUCAAACGAGCCCCGCUGAUCUUCCCCUCACCAAGAGACUGCCUUCCCCUUUCUCAGCUUUUGAGAAGCAAAGCGUUGUACAGUUGUAUUUUGUCAAGCUAAAAGUUGGAGAUGAAGUUUGAUCUGUUCGAAAGGGCUUCUCUUAUGUCACUCAAAUUGGGCAUAUUAUAAAGCUUUUUGACGUAAUAGAUUAUGUAAUUUCGAGUCAUUAUUAUCAUGUGUUUCCCUUUAAUGGGGCCAAAGGAGAGGGAAUCCACUAGGUUAUAAAACCAUCUUUGCAGAUAGAUGCAGUUACUGCAUGUGGAUAUUCAACAGACACUGUGAGACCAAAAGAUGAAACAAUGCAGACUACUUCAAUUGGAAAAGCCAUUCUGCAUUGAAUAUAUUAAUGUGUCAAACUAUUUUUAACUAGCAUUAUGCGUCUAAUGAAUAGCGUCAAGGCAGGUUUUGGAUUUAGUAGCCGUUAAUUGCACAGAAUUGUAUAACGGCACCUGGAAAGUGCAGUGAGCUGUAUUGGCUGUGUUAUUAAGCUUUCAGUGUUUUACCUGUGUAAGCCUAGAGGAUGUGAGUUGAAAGUAGUGCUCAGAACACUCUAGAUUUAUUUUUAGGUCCACCUGAGUUUCCAGUUCAGUUGAACGAGCUAUACUGCAUCUUGUUGUUUAUUAUGAAUUAGAUAUUUCAGUUGCCUACCAUUUGUGUAUAUUCUUUUCAGUUCUUUCAUAUGCUUCUAGUGUUAAAUGCUUCCUAUUUAAAUUUAAUGAUACAUUUACAUUUAAAUUGAUGAUUCAGGUGCAUUCAGUAAUUGAUGUUUGGAUAUUUAAGCCACACAGCCUGUUAUGACACCAUAUAUUUUUUAGUUAUUUUGUAAUUAAGUAGAUAUUUUCUUCUUUGUUAAAUGUGAUGCCAUUGUUUGACGCAGAGUUAGACAGUGACUUUAGAGCUUUAAAUUUCAGGUAUUUCCAUUGUAACCUCAGGCCAGAAUUGCCAUUACCUGAAACACAGACACAAAAUCUCACA